GGCAGGGGACUGCGAAGAGAGGGGUCAUGAGGGAGGAAAGAGCCCCUUCAGGCGAAGGAGGCUACCGUGGUGUGAAUUAGAUGAGGAAAUAAGAUGAACAAGAUCUGUUAAUUCAGGAAGUGGGGGAGAGGCGAGGGAAGAAAGGCAGAGGGGAAGAGCAAGUGGAGGAGAGAGAAAGAGAGAAAAAGAAAUGACAGGAAGAGAGAAAGAAGGGUGAGGAACAUUUCUGAGCCUGUCAGUGACCUGAGGGGAACAAGUGGCCAUGGUGGCUCCUAUUCGCAGCAAGGAAGGGCCCAGACAACCACUGCUGCUGUUUGGAGCUACCAAGGCCAUUGGUGGAGGGAGGCAGGCAGGCAGGCAAGGGAUGGGCCCGAGCCUGUCAGCGACCUGAGGGUAAUGAGUGGCCAUGGCGGUGGCUGCAGCAAGAAAGGGCCCGUCAGCUGCUGCUGCUGUUGCUCCUGUGGGAAGGAGCAGGGCUCGGGUGAGGGUGGGGAGAUCUCUGGGGAUAGGGAACUUCAGCUUUGCCAGUAGGUGCCAGCAAUGCUGCAGCCGCAACCAAGAGGCAUGAGGGGGAUGGAAGCAACUGGAUGGAGAAGGAGGAGCAGGAAUGUGGCUCAGGUGAGGGUGGAGAGACCUCUGAGGUGAGGGGGGCUGUGGCAGGGGGUGAGGGGAGCAAUCAAGUACUAGCAUGCAGAUGCUCUGUGCGGGUUAAGCUAGUUAAUAAUUAUUUUUUCUGGCAAACAUAUUUCCAACCACCUCCUAGGAGGGACCAUUCCUCUUUCUCUCCCCAAAGGGGGUUGGACUGGCUUUUGGGUAGUUUAAAAGAGCUGGCAGACCAACUGAUUGGCAAGGCAUCUCAACACUUUUUGAAGAUGUUGGAGCCUGGACUAUAAACCUGCCUUUAGGCCUCUGCAUUCCUUGCCCACAACUGCGCCAUCAGUAGCCACUGCCCUUCCUGGAGACAGUUUACUAGCCAGGCUUAUUUUAUGCCUUUGGCCCCAAUUGCUGCUCCUUCCUGUCAUUAAUGGGGCUGGCAGAGCUAGGCAUCAACAUGGCAGACAAGGCUGGCCUUAAGUGUUGGCGAACUAGACAAUCGUUCAGAGUGCCUACUUGAAGGGGUCACCAAGCUGAGUUUGGUGGCUCACUGUUUGCUGAGUGUACUGUCUACAGUGAGCUGAGGUGGGAGCAGAAAAGCUGUGUCUUUAAAAGUUAAGGUUUCACAAAUUGUUUGUGUAUUAACUGCAAAAGUGAACUUCCAUCAAUUACCAGGGGGCACGCCAAAGGCAGAAACACACAUCUUUAUUCAUAUUUCCAGAAAGCUCAGUGCAGCUUACACGGGACUUCCAAGCUGUUUUCCACCCAGCCAAGGACCAAUCAGAGACUUGUUCUUCUUUAUCUACCCACCAGCAUCAUGUACAGACACAUCAUGGCAUCUAAAUAUCCUUUCCAAGCCCUUCAUUGCAACCCUACCAAGUGCUAGUCUGCAGCAUAUUUCUUGACUGCUGGAUCCUUUACUGUUGACAGUCGAUCCUAAAAGGCAGAAGCUAUCCACCACUUCAGUGUCUUCAUGUAAAUUCUGAGGCUGCUUGCUGUACCUGUUGUCAUUAGACCUGGAAAAGAUGCAGAAGAGGGCAACCAAAAUGACCAGGGUCCUAACGUAUCUUCCUCAUGAAGCAAGGCUACACCUUCUGGUGCUUUCGAAGUGAGAAAAAAGAUGACUAAGCCAGAUACCACUAGAAAAAUCUCUACAAUGGGACAUAUUUCUUUCACAGCCUUCAUUUUAGAUGAAAAGAGACUUUGCUAUCGCAAGGAAAAAAGGUGGAAGGAAAUCUCUAUGCCUAAUCAUUUCACUAUUUUUUUCACUCUGUCAAAAGAUUUUGGAGGCAGUUUAAAGAACAUUAUUCACCACCACCAGUGCUUUUUUCCCCAACCAGUCUCUCCUCCUCUUGUUUCUUCUGCUCUGUUGAGCAAAGCACAUCCUCUCAUCAGUCUCAAAGAGGUGAUCAUUGUCAGACAGAGCCAACCAUCUGUUGAGUGGGUAGGCACAUCAGUCCACAAUCAUAAGAACAGAAGAACAGCCCUGCUGGAUCAGGUCCAAGGCCUAUCUCGUCCAGCAUCCUGUUUCUCUCAGUGGCCCACCAGAUUCCUCUGGGACACCUACAGGCAAGAGAUGAAGACCAUCUAUCCUGGGAAGCCAGACUGGAGGUUCUUCUUUACUGGCAGGUUGCAGAGACACAUGAUGCAGAAGCACAGAAAGGCCACAAGCAACCAGACUGAAGAAGUCAAGCAACUGGAGUGGACAGCUAAAACCUUGUCUUCCUGAAGGAAAAGAAUACCCUUCUAUGAUAGCAGGACCUCUCCGGGAGCUCUCAGUGUGUCUGUCAAGAUUAC